AACUGCAUGUCGUAUCUAUUUUGAAGCAAACUGCUAAACCCCUUAUGGGAAGGAAGCCAUUGGCCGACACUCCACAGUUUGCGUCGUGCAGAAAUAAGGCAUCAGUCUAAAAAAGAACACGCUGGUUCCGUCGAUGAUUUCAGUGUCAUGCGAGAAACCGCAUGUAUUAGCAGCAUUUGUAGUUUCAGGUCUUUGAGAAACAAUUAACCUGUCAAAGUCUUUUUGAAGACCGACAAUGGGUACACCUUAUAGCGCGUUUCGGAAUCCAGGGGUACCGGCCAUCUAUGGCCCGAACAAGACAGCCGUGACCGCUGAUGUGACUUUUGCUGGUUUCCUGUUUGCCUUCAUAAUUGUUGCGAUUUCGUUCCUCAUCAUCCUGCCAGGGAUACGAAGAAGAAAUAGGAUCUACGCUGCCGUCAGGUUUUUCGUGGGCAUGUUCAUCGGUCUCGCGAUAAUACUGUCAACGUAUGGACAGGAGUGGGAAGUUUCGUCACAGCGAAAUGUCACUACUGCCUACAAGGCAUUCACCAAGGACGAAAUAGUAGCAGAUAUCGGAGUUAACAUCGGAUUGACGAAUGUAAAUGUGACUGUAAAAGGCGUGCCAGAGUACCCUGAGGAGGGCGGGCUGAAAGGGGAGAGAAUCAACUACAACGAACGGUUCACUUUCUGCUGUGUUCAGGGCCGCCGAGGUUUUGGACCCUUCGCCGGCCCUAUCAAUAGGGAGUUCCGUGAAGCCCAGUGGAAGGGCCUGCCGUACCCAAUCCUGUGGAUAGCCGAGUAUUUCACGUUGGAUGGAGAGGGCAUUCGCUGGGGGAGAUCCUACAGAACAGCCGGCUUCUACACUUUCAUGGUCAUGGGGACUUCAUUCUGCGUGUGGGUCUUAGCGCUGGUCCUUUCCUUCAUGGUGAUACGGUACUGUGGCGUGUUCCUGUUGCUAACCGGUUGUUGUUUGCUGUCAUCUAACGUUAUUUACGCCACCGUGCGGUACGGCUCGGAUCUCGUGAUACCCUUUGGCAAGGAUCACGUGCUGGAAUUCUCCAAGGGGUCCUCUUUCUACCUGUGUCUGACUGGAGGCAUAGUGUCCACCCUUGUCGGCAUCGCUAUCGUGGUGCUGGAUGACCUGUUCCCGUUCAAGACGGCCGCGUUCUUCAACGUGGACCCACUCCAGGACUUCCAAGACACUUUUGCACUCAGCCCAUCCUCCGGUACGAACGAUCGCCAUGGGGAAGGCGACAGGCCAGUCUCCGUGCUGAACGAAGACCUGCGGGUUGAGGCACUCGCCGUGGAGGCGAGGGAUAAGAGAGAAUCGGAGGCGUAUAGAGGAAACCUGUACAUCAGUGUUGCGGAGAUGAAGUCAAGCUUCAAAUCCGGCAGAAAGACCCUCUUCCAGAAGAACAAGCCGAGACGUAAGAAAAAAGAGUCGGAAGACCUCUGUAAUGUAAACUUGGGAUUUGGCCCAGAUGAGGGUAGUUCCGGGAAUACGUCCUCGUUACAUCGCCUCCAUCCGGAACCACGCAGCUUCAAAGUGAAGAACAUGGGCGAAACGACCGUUGGGGAUACAGUUGCCACAGACCCUGUCUAUCUGAAUAUAUCGUCUAUCCGUAUGAGUGAAAUAGCACAAAGAAACGAGGUUGAGCUCGACGAGGAAUGGUCAGCCAAGAGCUAAUUUCAUUUUAUUUAGUUUUACUUCAUCCUCACGACAGAGCAAAGCGAAUAGAACCCUUACAUAUCAAAGUGGGCACUGCAUAUGUAUAGGCCUAGUUAUAUUUAUCGGUCUGCAACAAGGAGCGUCUUUAAUUUUGCCUCCUUGAUUUCACUUCAGAGGAUGGUUCUGUUCAGGUUGGUUCAUGCCUGCAAGCGAUUGAGAAAUCAAGGCGGAUUUGACGUCACAAAAUGGAGUGUGUUCAACUUUUUGCGAAUUCUCAGCUCGAAUAUUUGAUCUGACGUCAAAAAUUCGCCGUCGAGCCAUAUCAUGUACAACCCUUGAAUUCGGCUGUAGAGAAAAAAUGGCGUCUUUCUUUGUUUACGUGUCAAUUUUUCGAUGUCGUUCUAUUGUUUCCUUUUUCAUUUGCAUCUAAAUCAAUUACAACCAUCAAACCACAAAUGCCAACUUCUUACUUUAGAAACUUAGAAACUUCUGAAACUUAGGUUUAGAUAAUCUCCAAAGGAGUUUACAUUAGAGUUUUAUUAAUUAUAAAAGCUACAAUGGAGGCGUUCUUGUAUUAAUGUUAUAUAAGUCAGUAAUUAUCUUCUGGACUACACAGCCUAUCGUAGUUGCAUUUUGUCCAGUCACAUGUAAAUGUAUUGAACAUUUCCGCGUCUCCUUCAUUAUGGAAACAAGGGAUUUAAUUAAGGCGGGAAAUUCUUACUCUAAGAGAUUUCAGCAGUCUUCUACUCGUAUGCUUACUAUUGUUGGAAGACCGGCUUGACGAGACCAUGCAGAAAAAGUUAAAGUCCGGCAUUUUGGGGGCAACCGUUAGAGGAAAAUGACAUGUGUUUUACAGCACAUCGACUUGUGCUUUAAAGCACAUUGACAGGUGCUUUACAGCACAUAAUGUGAGUUCAGGAGACUUUGAACGUGCUUGGUGUAAUGCACUGCAUUUUUUUGUCUUAUAUGCUAAACCAACAGCAUAUGAGUAGGAAAAUACCGCUAUUAUGUUACUUUUAGUUAAGUGCUCAUCACCAGACAAAAUUAGAUACUGAAUUUACGGGACGUCCACGCCAAGUUUGAAUGUAGAGUUCUCUGCACUCCAAUCGCCAGUCCAACGCUAAGAUCCGACAAUUAAAGGCCUAGUUGAGACGAAAAUGCAGCAUCUAAUUUAUUAUGGUGAACACUAUUUUAUUUUAUAAUAUGUCCACCUUUCUCAUCAUCAGUGCUACGCAGAUUUGUUUUUAUCGUGUGAUAAUUUUAGUUUACAUGUACAUGGAAUAAGAAAAAGCUCAAAAAGAACAAAAAAGUAACGCUACGUCAAAAAUUAUAAUAGAGGAUGAAAGGUUGUGUCAUUUACAUACUCAGAGAAAUACAAAAAAUGUAAAAAUAUGAAAGAAUUA